AUGCUUCUCCAGGCUGGUGAGGAGGAGCACGUUUGUCCGGUCAUCAUGUGCACUCGGGCCAAUCCUGACCCCGUCCCCGAGUGCCAGUCGUUCCCCAGCGAGGCGGAGGAGCUCGAGGAGGAGGUGGCCGCGGAGUGCAAGGACAGGGAAUCGGACAGAGAUAGUGUUGUGGAAAGCACGCAGGGGUCCGACGUCUCGGAGGGGCUUGCCCGACUUGAAGACAAGGAAGACACAUUGGGAGACCUUUUUUUACCUGAGGAGAAGUGUGGUCAGACUAGUGUCUCUGUGACCUCUGACCUAUCAACGCGUUCCUCGGCUUCUCUGAACGAGGAGCAGUUUGAGGACUACGGGGAGGGGGAGGAACCAGACUACACUCCCAGCAGCCCCUGUCCCGACGACGAGACUCGCACCAACGGCCACUCCGACCUCGGCUCAUCUGUGCCGUCAAGCGCCGGUCAGACACCUCGGAAAACGCGUCACGAUUACACGGGUGAACUCAUGGAUGUCUACUGUUCCCAGUGCAGCAAAAAGGUCAACCUGCUGAAUGAUCUAGAGGCUCGGCUGAAGAAUCUCAAGGCUAACAGCCCAAACAGAAAAAUCUCCAGCACUGCUUUUGGAAGGCAGCUGCUCCACAACAGCAACCUGAGCAGCAGUAAUGGCAGCACAGAAGACCUUUUCCGAGAUAGCAUCGAUUCCUGUGAUAUCGACAUCAACGAGAAGGUGAGUUCUCUCGAGAAAAAGGUGGCAGAACUCGAGCAGGAGAUUCUGAUGAAUGGGGACCUCAAGUCAAAGCUGAAGCAGGAAAACACACAACUAGUACACAGGGUGCAUGAGUUGGAGGAGCAGCUGAAGGACCAAGAGAUGCGUUCAGAACUAAAUCUGCAGGAGCAACUGAGAAGACACAGAGAGGCCUACACUAAGAUGGAGAAAGACAAGAACACUCAGAUAGAGCUUCUGAGCAGCCGGGUGAAGCAGCUAGAGGAUGAGAAUGGGGAUAUGUCUAUGAACAUGUGCCGACUGAAGUCACAGACAGAGAAACUGGAUGAGGAGAAGCAAAGGAUGACGGACAAGCUGGAGGAUACCAGUUUGCGACUGAAGGAUGAGAUGGACCUCUACAGGAAAAUGAUGGAUAAGCUGAGACAGAACAGACAGCAGUUUCAGAAAGAGAAGGAGGCCAUGCAAGAGCUGAUAGAGGACCUGCGUCGAGAGCUGGAGCACUUGCAGCUCUACAAGCUGGAGGUGGAGAAACCUGGCCGGGGACGCAGCUCAUCCAUUGGGCUUGCAGACUUCAGCAGCAGAACCAGGGAGGUGGAGCUCGAGCAUGAGGUCAAGAGGCUCAAGCAGGAGAACCAGAAACUGAGGGAGCAGAACGAUGAGCUGAAUGGUCAGAUCCUCAGCCUCAGCCUGCAUGAAGCUAAGAGCCUGUUUGCCACACAGACCAAGGCCCAAUCUCUUGCAGCUGAGAUAGAUAAUGCCUCCAGAGACCAGUUAAUGGAAGCCCUGAAAGAGCAGGAGGAAAUCAACUUACGCCUACGACAGUACAUGGACAAAAUCAUCCUGUCUAUCCUGGACCAUAAUCCCUCCAUUCUGGAGAUAAAGAACUAGCAUGGGAUGAAGUGAAGAUUCACUCCAUUCGUUUGAUCAGAACCUGCAGCACAAGUCAGGACCCUUUACAUUUGGAAAGCAAUGACAAGCGGACACAAGUCUUUCCUAAAAAGACAUUGGGGAUUGCCCAUGGGCAAUUGCCCUGCUGCUGCUGGUGGACAGACAUUUUCUCACUGGAAAAAAAAAUGGGGCUUUGAACUCUAGAGAAACAGCUUUUUAAUCUUCAUUGACAAGAAUUUUACAACUGUGACAGUUUAUUUCAGUCUCAAAUGACAAACCGGGUAAUUAUACCCCAUACACUGGAAAUAAUUGUACUUGGGCAUAAAUACUGGAUCAUUGAGCUAACAUUGUGAUACUCAUGGAUGUUGCAAAAAUAAAGUGAUACCAAGACCUACGAGAGGCAGUAAUGAAGGCAGAAAUACUGCCUGAUCUGUAAACUAAUAUCUGUCUUGUAGGUGACCUCUGACUGGACGUGAUUUCAUUAGGAUAAGCAUGUGUUAUAAAAAGGGUGAGAAAGGAGUAUAAAGUGGUCAGAGAAAGAAAAUAAAAGGAGUUAAAGAAGUACUGUUAUUGAUGUUAACACGAUGGACUGUGUACGCUGGCAAAUGAGGAUUUUUGUCAAGUCUUUGAAGGUAUUUUUAAACUGCUUUUUUCAUCUUAAAAACAAGUCUUCCAGUAAAAUUGCACAUGCUGUGUCAAUCAGUCUAAUAGUGAAUUUGUAUUUACCAAGAAGUGGCCCUUAGUUGGUUCAAAUGAGUUGUGGUUUGUCACUGAUGCAGUGAAGCUGAGUGUCUUCAAACUAACUUCCACGACUGCUACUUGUUAGCAUGAGCUUGAAAUGAUUCCCAGAUGCUAAUAAUAGACCCAAAAUUAUGUUGCACAGAAAAGUUCGAUGAAUGUACAGGUUGUGUGUUGGAUUUGUGUGGGAGUGAUAGACUAGGACAUUCUAUGUUCACAGGAAACUCGCCUCUCGGUGCAAAUGACUGGAUUAGCAAUCAAAUCACCACCUUUGGGUGGUGGAUUGUAAGCAAUGCCCUGCUGUCUGAAACUUAAAUACUGUAAAUACCAUGAAUGUAAAGGUCCAUGUUUCCCUUUCUGUGUGGCCAAAUGAGCAUUUGCAAUUGAAAUCUGUACUGGUUAAGAAGUGUGGUAACACACCUGUAUAGUGUUCAGUACUGUAACAAGGAGGGCAUUGUUUUUUAAUAGGGAAACAAAUACAUUCUGCUGUAUUAAUGUAAUUAUUCAGAACUUGAGUUUUGCUUCCUUGCACAAGAACAUUUUGUUUGCAUUUGCAUGGUACACUUUUUUUUUCUGUCUGUGCCUUUUUGAGGACGUUCCCGGAAUGACAUAGCUGUAGAUUCAGAGGUUCUUUGAAAGCAACAUUCUGUCUCACAUAUUUUCCUGACUUGUAAAUGUUGUACUUAUAUAGUGAUAAUUUGUAUUCCUGUGCCACUUACCAUGGUUUUUUUCAAAAUUGGUACGAAGAAAACAAUUUUAUACAGUUUUAUGAAAAAGAAACUUGCCAUUGCUUAGUUGUCCUCUCAUUUGUAUAGCACUACGCAUUCUACUCAAACCGGGAUUUAAUUGGUCAAUGAUGUGAAAUUUCUUUGACAUCAAUGAUUUUGAUUUUUGGUUGUAGGUUUCUCUUUUUGCUUUCUUUUUUUUGUUAGUGGUUGUUAGUCCACUGAUUUUCCAAUUUUGCUUUAAACUGGAUUUUGAUAAGGUUGUAAACCGUCUUCCUACCUAAACAGUUGGCAUUAAGAGCAAUAUUAAUUUAUUACCAACACCUGCUGGAUUGUGUCAUGGUUUUUCUGGUGAAUAGUUUUACUCAAUAACUCCUUGUGCCAUUCUAGAUUUAAAUAAAACAAACCAAACUGUACAAGUUGUGAAAACUGUCACAAACUCAUGCCUUGUUGCUCUUAAAACGAAUGUCCAGGCCUUCCCAAUCGGCACGUAGUUUACAUAUAAGGCAAUAAAAGUGGAUUUGACAA